CAUGAUAUCUUCUCGCAUUGCUGGCAUGAGUAAUUGUCCGAUUGGACGUGGGGUUAACAAGGGAUGUCGAAGACGUCGUUUUUGGCAGAAGCUCUGAGAUAUAUAAAAUCAAAAACCUCAGGAACUGACUUAUUAACUCCCGUGUGGGCACUAUGAACCACACUCAUCCUCCUGUGCUAAUCGUAGGCGCUGGCCCGGCGGGUCUGGUAGCAGCAUUGACGCUCCUCCAAAAUGGCAUCCCAGUGCGCAUCAUCGAGCAAGACACCAAGCCUCGCAUCGGACAGCGCGGUCCCGGAAUAUUUCCACGUUCCCUCGAACUCUUCAACUUCCUGGGUGUUUCAGAUGUCAAUGAUAUGGGGAAACCAUUCCCUUGCAUCCGUGGGUACAAGUUUGGGGUGGCGGAACAUACGCACACGGAAUUGGUUGUCCCGCGUACACAAAAUACCCCAUCGAUACCAUUCAACGUCCCUAAGUUGAUAGGUCAGCAACUCUUGGAUGUUAUUCUGCGACGCCAUCUGGACAAACUGUCGUGCUCUGUCGAGUUCGGAACCGAGCUGCGCUCGUUCAAGCAAUCCGAUGAGGGAGUCACCGCUGCUCUCGCAAAGAAACAAGGUGACGAUGAAAUAUUAGAGACAUUCGAUGCUAAGUGGAUGAUCGGUGCUGAUGGUGGUAAAAGUACCGUGCGGAAACAACUUGGUGUCAUGUUCCCGGGAGAGGCUAUGGCUGAAUUUCGGAUCGUCACCGGAGAUAUUUGUUUAGCAGGCCCUGGUCUUGAUAGAACGUAUUGGCACCGAUUCGGAGAUUUGAAUGACAAAUGCGUCUCCUUGCGACCAACAGACGAAGUUGGAGAGGAUGGCUGGCACUUUUUUAUCUUGGGACGUGACAUAGACAUGACAAAACUCUCGCAAAACGAGGAACUUAUUUUCGAGACCAUCGCAUUGCUGAGUCCUAUGGAAAUUACGUUCAACAAGAUAGUUUGCGCGUCCGAAUACCGGUGCGUUGUGUCUCUUCUGUGUGUCUGUGCGAGUUUAUCAGUCUCCUUCAGGGCUAAUGUCCGCAUGGUGGAUAAGUUUAGCGAUGGGCGAGUCUUUCUUGCGGGCGACGCUGCCCAUGUCCACAGUCCAACCGGUGGUCAGGGACUCAAUUCAAGUGUGCAAGACGCCUUCAAUCUGUCUUGGAAACUUGCUCUCGUUGAAAAAGGACUUGCCGACAAGUCGCUUCUCGAGACAUAUAACGAAGAGCGUCUCCCUAUCAUUACCGAGAUGCUCGAGGUGACCACCUCGAUCCUAAAGCGUGCAAUGACGGCAGGAGGCACGGACGCCUGGCGUACCACUCUCCUUUACAUGCUCGGCAUUCAUUGCCGCUUCAGCAGCAUCGUCCUCGACGAGUUUUCCAUGCCAGUCGAGGGGAAGCCUAUCAACACCUACAGGAUACUUGACGAGACGGAGCUUGAGGCUGGGGACAGAGCCCCUGAUGCACCCAAGCUACUCCAUGUCCAGCCUGGAGAAUCUGACUUAAUGACGCUUUUCAGUCUUUACAGACCCUGGCGUCACACAGUCGUUGUUUUUGUGCCAAGUCCCACAGAUGCUACUCCAAUCUUGGCCGCACUAGAGCCAUAUGACAAACAUAUUGUGCAGUCAGCAGUCAUCCUACCCUCAUCAGCACCAGCAACACCCGUCGCAUCUCCUGCCGACUUCGUUCUUCUUGAUCAGGGCGAUCAUGCUUUUUCCGCUUACCUCGUCGAAGCUACCCAAACCAGAGUCUUUGUGAUACGGCCAGAUGGUGUGAUUGGCGCAAUUGUUCAUGGUGCAGAGGGGGUGAAGAAAUAUUUCUCCAGAAUAUUCCGCGAUAUAUAGAAUGACUCGAGUCCAUCCAUUCCUUGUUCAAUUGCAACUCAUGUAUCUUCUUCAGUGACGCACACUCGGCUUUCGAAACUAUCUACACAAAUCUAUGCACCUU